UCUUUCUCUUUCCUUCUCGAUUUCGUUUUACUCACGUUGCGUCGUCGUUAACUUGUAAACAUUAAGAUAUUCUUUCGUAACGUGAACUUUAUUGCCUGUUAUUAUUGAUAAAACUUGAUACGCGUUUUAUACUUGCAAGACCCCACCAAGUAUAAUUUUUUCAUUUGAGAUAACCGAGCAAGGUUGUUACGAGAGAUAUUGUUCGUGUAGAAGCAUUAUAACCUCUUAUACAUGUGUUCUUAGUAUUGCAAAUCCUUGUUGGUAUAUCUUACUUAGGCCAUUCAAAAUGACAAGGUUUGCUCGAGCUAAAGGUUCCAAAUCAUCAAAUGAGAGAGUAGCAGAGGAAGCCACAAAUUGGAGUGAAUUUAAACGUCAAAUUGAAGAGAAGAAGCUUGAUUCAAGCAAAAGUAAUGUCGAAUCCGUAGCUCAGAGUGCUUUGAAGCGCAUUAAACAAGGCAAGCAGGGAGGUACUGAAACAGCCUGGGCAGAUUUUGGACUCCCGCGAAUAACUGGAAAUUUUCAAGAAAAGGUUGUGAAGAAAAGGAAGACCGAGGAUGUUCAAGAGCCAGCAGUAAAGAAAAAGAAGAACAGUAACAAUUCAAGGAGUGACGAAGAACAUGUCCCAACAUUGAAGAAAAAGAAGAAGUUCGAUCAUGAUGAUGAUCAGGGUAACGUUCAAACAUUAAAGAAGAAAAAAGAUAAGCAACCCCCUAUUGCUAGUGAAAUGUGUCCUAAAGAGACAGAUUUGAAUGAUGAUCUGUCAUCACCGACAAAGGAACUUAAAAAAAAGAAGAAGAAAAAUAAGGAGAAGGGGCUGGAAGAAGAUGUGAAACCAAAUACACCUCAAUCUGAGCAUGACAAUAGAGGCCCAGCCAAUGACAAAGGUGGUCAGUUCAAAAGAAGGAAACCAUAUGUUGAGUCUUCUACUCUCCACAUUAAUGGUGUAACAAUUAAUAUCUCUAAAUUUGAUGGCUUUGAUGUUAAGACUGAAGAUGCUACUCGCUUAAAAGAACUUCGGUCAAAAAUGCUGAAAGAAGGAAUACCUCGCACUGAAGUAGAUAAAGCUAUGAAACUUGAACGGAGGAAGGCUGAGAAAGCUCUUGCCCGAGAGAAAAAGAAGGUAUGUUUCAACUGCAGAAGAGCUGGUCACCUGCUCUCUGAAUGUCCUGAAGUAGGUUCAUUUGGGUCAAAGAGCUUUGAUAGCAGUGCUGUCAAUAUAUGUUAUAAAUGUGGGUCUACUGAGCACACACACUUUCAGUGCCAAGUGAAGAAGAAGAAGGAAUACAGUUUUGCUACCUGCUUUAUCUGUAAAGAACAGGGACAUAUAUCAAGUCAAUGCCCUGACAACCCAAGAGGACUUUAUCCGCAGGGAGGGUCAUGCAAAAUUUGUGGAGAGGUGACACAUUUGAAGAAAGACUGUCCUCAGCUAUCUCAAGAAAAAGCUGACAACACUGUCACACUGGACACAUUUGCCUCUAAUAGCAAAGUAGAGAGUUUGGGAGAUGAUGUAGUAGCCCCUAAACAAGAACAAACAACUGUUGUAAAGCAAAGAAAAAUCAUAAAAUUUUAGUAAAGACAGAACUGUAAUUACACGAAAAUCAAUUUGUUAGUAAGUAAUAAAUAUUCCAUUCAA